AUGGAGCUUGGCCUACCACCGGCCUCGGGCUCGACUUCGACGUCGGCCGCGUCGGUGCUCCCGUCGCCGGCGGAUGAGCCGCUCCACAGCCCACUCGGCUCAGGAUCAGGCUCAGCAGCCGCCAUCAGCAAGUCAACCAAGCGCUCCAAGACGCACAUGUCCUGCCAGGAAUGCCGCAGGUACGUUCCUCGCAGCGGUGGCCCCUCUCGCGAGCUUAUCAUUUGCUCCAGCUCCAGCUCUGGCUCCGGCAGCGCGUGUGGACCACCUGAGAGGGGCUAUGCAUGGCUCCUUUCGUCCCGAGUUGCAGUUGAGCCCCCUUUCCACUUUCAAUGAUCCAGGCUCAAGCUCAAGUGCGACCGGGUGUGGCCAUGCAACCAAUGCCGCAAGCGGGGUCGCGCAGAUCUAUGCCCGUAAGUCGGCUGGCAGCCCUCCACACCUCCACGCAUAUCCAAUUCCACAUCUUCAUCGAGCUUGGAAUUGGGCCACCAACGCUUGGUCGAGCUCGGUCGCUUUUGUUUGCAUUUUUAAGCAUCAGUAUGGCUGAUUUUUACUUUUCGGGGUGCAAUCACGGCGUCUCCAAGCCCCCGGGUCGGGCAAUCCGACUUAACGCCGAGAUGAACGCCUUGCUCAAGCGGUGCGAGGACCUCGAGGCGGCUCUCCAAGACGUCGGGGCCACAGACCGGAUCCCUUCUCCGCUCACACUCGAGUUCACUCGAAGGAGCCUGAACAGAAAUUCGAAUGCGACCGAAGCCGAUGGCGAAGGGGACGACACGAUGGAAGAUUUUGGCCGCUCGAGGGCAUCCGAAACACAUAUCGAGGCGGCAGGGGUCGAGGCUGUGUUGCCAGGCGUUGGCUCGUUGUCGAUUCGGGAAGACGAUGGCCGAGUGAGAUACCUGGGAACGUCUGCUGGUCCUGCGUACUACUUUGAGGUGAGUGCCCAUCAGGCCGGGAGCUUCACCAUUCUUCGGCUGUGGGUGAGGCCUGCACCCUUAAAAACUCACUCUCUCCUUCGGUUCAUGCUGAAACAGGACGAUGGCGGCAGCUCAGAUGAGUCGGACAGCGCAUCGUCACCCGAACGUGCUUCGCAAGAAGUUCGAGCACCCUUCAUCCAGCUCCACGCCUACUACUCGCGGACCCACGAGCUCGAGCGAUUGAGAGCGUUCCUUCCAGCCGCGGCCGAACUCAAGCGACUUGUGAAGAACUAUUACGAGUUUCUCUCUUUUCAGUUCGAGCCCGUUGAAGAAGAGGCAUUCUUCAACGACUAUCUCCCCGCCGCAUUGACCACGGGAAACUCGGCUGGCACAAAGCUCGCCUUCGUCUUCAUCGUCCUCUCCCUCGGCUCUCUGAUGGAUCCACGUGUCCCGUCGACACCGAACGCGCUAGCCCACCACUACUUCCAGCUGUCGCAGUCGGCGCUUUCGGCUUCCAAGUUUUUGAGCAACAAUACUCUCGCCGGCGUGCAAACACUGCAACUCACGGCCUCGUUCCUCUUGAAUACACACGAUUUGCAGGAAGGCGGGGAAACGUUCUUCCCGCUGCUCGGGAUGGCUCUUCGGAUGCUCGUCGCCAUGGGCCUUCAUCGCGAUGGGAGUCAAUGGGGAAUGGACGGGGCAGAGCUUGACAAGAGAAGGUGAGCUGUACUGGUGUCUGCCAGUUGGUCACUGUGUGGGCUCGACUCACCGGAGUGUUGAUUGUCACGUCGCAGAAUGACGUUCUACGAGCUCAUAACCCUUGAGCGGAUGCAAGCCUUCAUCAGCGGUCGGCCAUAUAUGAUGUCACCGAAUCAUUUCGACACCAAAUUCCCCUCAUCGGCUGAACCGUAUCAUGUCGACAAGUGGCGCACGGGAAACUUUAUUGCGAGGGUCAUCGACGAAUGCUUCUCUGUCGUCAGCCCGGCAUACUCCACCGUGCUGGCAUUGGACCAGGAAUUGCGCAAAAUGUUUGAAGAGUCGCCCAAAGACCUGCGCUCUGGUGCUUUGCCAAUGGACGCUUUCGUCGUUCGGCCGAGCGACCCUCCCGAAUUGCCUGAACCUGUAGCCUCGUCUGCGCCGCUCAAGACUCGCAUGCGGCAACACACGCUUGAUAUGAUCUACUCGCAGAUCUUCUUCUAUCUCCAUCUGCCGGCGCUACGUCAAGCCUUAAAGCUGUUCCCGGACGAGCCCUUGUUGUCCCCAUGGGCCGAAUCGGUCGCUGUCGUCGCCCUUGAGACUGGAGUCUACAUGCUGGCCAUCGCCCGAGCGUGGGUCAAUCUCCACCCGACCCUUGCUCCUCGUUGGUGGCAUCCGACCUUUCAUGUGAGUGAAACCACAAAGGGAAGGUUGGACGGCGAUCUGGCGCUGACCGCAUCUGCUGAAUUCUCGCAGGCAUUCGCCGCGGCCUGUGCCCAGUCCUCGAUCGUGAUUCAAUCGCCCAAUUCCAAAUUGGCUCGGCAUUCGUGGGCGCAACUCAUGAUUGCGAUCGACGUCUUUGAAACGGCUGCGGGCGGAGGUGCCCCCGUGGCGAUGUUCGUCCCUCGUCUUCACGCUCUUCGGGACGCCGCCUUUGAGAGUCUGCAGGCCGCCCACUCGGUCCCGGCCGGUAUACCUCGGACUCAAGUUAGCGACUACCUGGCAAAAGGAAAGGGGACCGAUGCGGAAUUGUCGAUUCUGGGUACGACGACUCGACUAAAUCGCAAGCCUAAGCGUCGAGCGGGGGCUUCGGCGGCGGAAACACCGUCGCCUACGGCGAGUCAACCGAAUUACCCGACACACGCCAAUCAACUGCCACGGAUGAACGCCACGGUCCUACCCCCUCCAUCCCCACUGGCGAUGCCCCAAGAUGAUCGUGUGGCCAGCGCAGCAAAAGAGCUUUACACCCCGUUCGACUCGCCGGUCCUCGUACCUGCAACUCAACCCACCUACCUCGGCGAGAUGUCGUACGAAGCCAUGUUGGACGCCUCUUUCAGGUCGUUUGCACCGUUCUCGUCAUCAACGGCUCCACCAUCAUCGGUUUCCGCAGCUUUCGCGCCCUCGCCUUUGGCGUUCACAGAUCAUCGCCUCCAACAGCCUCAGUCGAACGAUCCCACAUCGCUCCCCAACACGAUGCAUCGGGUCUUUGAUCCAUCCAUGUUUUUGAUGGGUGUGGCUAAUGACGGUGUACCGUCGCUCGCGACGUUCACGAACUUUGCGACCGGUGGCUUCCAUCCUGCUGCAUGGGCGUCGACGAUGCCGUUCGAUCCCAAUCCUCAUGUGUCUAGUCAGCAGCAGCAGCUGGAAACCAAACCAAAUUCUGAGGGUAUGUACGGCGUGUCGCGUGCGGUAAACAAUGGUGGUGGUGGUGGCGGUGGUAGUCCCGGAGGCCCAAUUUGGGAUUGGAGAGGGUGA